GAGUGAAGGUGGUUUGUAGUCAUCUUGAAGAAGAGAUUUGAGGUUUUACUUCUAUCUCAAGCAGUCAUGACCAUGAAGGAAAUUAAAGAAGAAGACUUUGAUGAUUUUCUCCAAGAGUAUUCAAGGCGAACCCAAGAGGAUGAUUCAACCAGCAAAGAAGAAAUGAGUCCUGCAAUAAAAAUGGAAGAGGAGUCCAAUGUUACAGGAAACAGUCAUGAUGGUAUGACGUCUAUCAGGAAAGUGUCAGAAUCAUCCAAACUGGUUACAAAAAAGAAGGAGAUAAAAGAAGAAGACGUUGAUUUUCUCCGAGAAUAUUUAUGGCAACCACGACAGGAUGAUUCAACCAGCAAAACAACCUGCAAAGAAGAAAUCAGCCCUGCAAUGGACAUUAAAGUGGAAGAGAUGUCCAAUGCUCCAGGAAACAGCCAUAAGGGUUGGAAGUUUACCAGCAAGGUGUCAGAAUCAUCCCACCUGGUCACAUACAAGAAGGAGAUCAAAAGAGAGGACUUUGAAGUCUCCUUGCACAGUAUGCAAGAGAAUGAUGAAACAAAGUCAUCUUCUUUCAAAGAAGACAAUUGUUCAUCCAUGGAUGUGGAAGAGGAAAUUGACCAUAACCUGAUCGAGAAUCAGAACAAUGGCAUGUCCCCUACAAGUGCCCCUGCGGUCAACAUGCAUACUGGGAGGACACUUUUGUGCACCACAUGUGGAAAGAUGUUUAGUUAUGCAGGAUAUUUAAGGAGACACCAGAGGCUUCAUACUCAUACUGGUGAAAAGACUUACCCUUGCAAAACAUGUGGAAAAUGUUUUAAAAGAAAAUGUAAUCUUCGGAGACACCUGAAUAUUCAUACUGGAGAAAAGUCUUACCCAUGUACAACAUGUGGAAAGGCUUUCACAAAAAAAAGUGAUCUCCAAAAACACCUGAUGAUUCACACUGGUGAAAAGCCUUUCCAAUGUAUAACAUGUGGAAAAUCCUUCAGAGAAGGAGGCACUUUAAGGAGACACCAGAUGAUUCAUACAGGUCAAAAACCUUUUCCAUGUAUCACAUGUGGAACAGCUUUUAGACAGGCAAGUGAUUUAAUAAAACACCAGAGGACUCACACUGGUGAAAAGCCUUACGUAUGUGCCUGUGGAAAGGCCUUUGCACGGGCAUUUGCUUUAAGGCUUCACCAAAGGACCCACACUGGAGAAAAGUCAAUGUACCACUGAGUAGAUUGGCCAGGUAUGUGUAAGGAAAAAAAUCAGUUGGAAAAGGUUUUUUGUUGGCUAACAUUAUUAGAAUGCUUAACAUGCUGUAUCUAAAAUGAUUUCACUGCUAUACCAUGGAGGGAAAAUGUGCAAUUUCUUUCUUUCUUUUAUUUAGACAUCCUUAAGUACCAUUGUGUGCGCUGACAGGACAAUUGUCCAAAAUAUUUUUUUAAAUUGCCCCAUUACCUUUAAGACAUACCUUCCGAAAGUAGCUAAAUAAUUCAACUGCUCUCAAUUUAAAAUAAAAUGCAGGAAUUCGGACCACCACUUAGAAACAUUGUUUUAGACAUCCUCUCAUGAAUUUAAGGAUAUAUGUUUAUUUUUUGAGAAGAAACAUGUUGUAUGUGACUCCAUGUAAAAUAUGAAUGUAUUGCACUCUGUAAAUAUUUACCGCUAUGGACUAUAUGAAAAUUAUUACUGCAUAUGGUGAAGUGACUGAGACAAGUAGAUAUAGUGAAAAUAUUUCCUUUUCUUGUGUUAGCCCAUGGAACAUGUUAGCAGUAGAUGCUAUUGUGCAUAUGCAUAUUUAUAUAUCUCUGUCUGAGCCAAUGUAACACCAUGCUGAGAGGAGAAUCUUUACUGUAAGGUGCUUCUCCUGUUGCUA